GAAAGGAGAGGGUUAUAAAAUUGAAUAAUGUAGAAAUCCAGGAGGCCAUUACCCUGGCCCAAAUCCGCGCACCCGUCAUGAUUUUUUCCCAUUUUUGUAAUACGAAUUUGAAAGAGAAAACGAAAAGCGCCGAAAAAGUAGACAGGAUAAAUAGGCAAUCCGAUUCAAAUUCCAUCGAUGGCUGAUUCUAUGGAAGAACUAGAACCCCUUUUCGAUUAUAGGCGCGUUCAGCCCUUCAACGUCGUCAUUGUUGAUGAUGAUCCUUUGGACGCUCCCCCAGUGGGCUGUAAGAAAAAGCGAAAAACAGCUGAUUCUGCUGUCGAAGAGAAUGAUAAUAAGGGGAAAGUGGUUCAAGUAAUUGAUUGUGAUGAAAAUGAAGAGGAAGAAGAAGAAGAAGAAGACUGGUUGCCUCCUCCACCUAAAAUGACCAAUGAUACAUCAAAGCUCAAUGAAGAUUCUACCAUAAAGGAGCUGAGGCUGAAAAGGCAGGAAUUGGCUUCGCUAGCCCAAUCAGCAAAGGAUGCAUUGAAAGCUGUUGAGGAAUCUGUGAGACAAGAAUUUGCUGCUGCAGAAUCUAUGAAAAGCCACCUUAAUGCAUCAUCACAAUCUCCUACAAGAGGUAUUGCAGAACAGCCAUCAGAUACUUGCCAGGACAGAGCAAAGAUAGUUAUUACGAUCCAGGACAAGGAUGGACCCAAGCAAUUUAGAGUUUUCAUGGAUGAUAAAUUUGAGAGACUCUUCAAGAUGUAUGCUGAAAAGGUCAAGCUUGAUUUGCAGAAUCUAGUUUUUUGUUUUGAUGGAGAUAAAAUUAGUCCUACUGCCACCCCUGCUGGGCUUGAAAUGGAGGAGAAUGACAUCAUUGAGGUGUAUGUGAAAAGAAAAUGAUGUAGGGUGGUGGCAGACUGACUUCGGUGUUGAAGACCUUUUUGCUUCAUGGAACUUUCCUUUUGUCUGCAACUGUAUAGUAAAGAAUUUCUCUUAGGAAAUGACUGAAAUCGUAGAGAAAACUUUGAUUGGCGAAGGUAGCUUUCAGAGGUUUGAUUCUUUUGUGGUCAAACAUCUCCACUAUUUUGUUUGUUUCAUCCUACUUGAUGAAAGAUUGUUGAUCGCGUAUCAGUUUCUAAGUGCAAAUGAAUUUAGACUUUUGUUUUGAGCA